AACAAAAUGUUUACAAUCAAACCGCCGAUCGCUCUCGGUGAGUUUUUCCGGAUUUUCUCUAAUUUCCGGUAUCCUCCGAUAUUCUAGUCCAACACUUAGGAUUCUGCAAUGAAUCCCGAGUCCGCUCGAGCCAUGCCGGCCAUCGCAAAAGUGUUCCUGUCGCGGGAGGAAAUACUGGCCAGUAAAAUGUACACCUGUGCGAUCGGUAACUGCGGCGAAGUGUUCCGGAAUGCGGCCCACCUGCAGCUGCACGUCGUGCGACGCCACAAGCUGGAGCGGAAUCGAGAUCGGCCACCGGAGGGGAGCCAGUACUUCUACUGUCCAUCGCUACACUGUCCCUACCAUCAGAAACCCCUCGAAGAAGCGAACGGAGCACGGCAUUUUCUCUCGUUCCGGAGCUUAAAGCAACACUUUCUCAAGGUCCACGAAGAACGGACGGUCGUUUGUACGCGGUGUGAGAAAACGUUUGCCACGGAAAGCUACCUUCGACACCACCUGCAGUCCUGUGGUCGAACCUUCACCUGCGACCAAUGCUCGGCCAGUUACGGUUCCCGGGAGGCUUUGCUUACGCAUGCUCGCCGUAAAGGUCACGAUUACCAAAACUUGGUAGCAGCAGGGGCGUCUCGACAAGCUAGGAAACGUCCAAAAUCUCCGACCACCACAGGAGGGACCAUAAGUGUCGCAGUUCAAACGGUGAACAAUCUUACGGAUCGAGGCACACAGACAACUCAGUCGCGCAGAUCUGAACAGGCUCUCUAUAACUAUGACCAGCCACCAGCAGCAUCCGUGAAUGCUGCAGUCACUGCAACUGAUCUCUACUCGGUCGAACCAACCGGUCGGCCACUGUUCUCGGUUUCACUGAUGGGUAUCGCUCCACCGAGCGACAACGAGACUUCCACACCCGUAGUCUGUACCGAGACGCAAACUGAUUUUAUCGAUGUUAUGCUGACGAGUGGUAUCAAUCGGCAUGAUCCGAUGCUUUCCUAUACGCAUAUGUGCACGCAAACCUCAGACAUGCCAGCUGGACUACUGACCGAUCUUGGCCUCUCGACGAUCGAAACACAAACCUGCUGGAGCGAGGACGGUACGGGUGAAUCGUUUGGCGAUUUUCUCGUUUCGACCGAAACGCAAACCAAUUUCGAUAUCGACAGCUUCAGCUGCACCAACAGCAACGACGGCGACUAUACGAGAGCGACCACUGGUGGAGAUGGAACCGAAUCGGAACAGCCGAUCAGUAACUGCAAGCAGACUCAAGCACCGGAAAAGCCUGUCUCACAAUUUCCACACCUCGAAUGGAAACGAUUUUCUUAACAAUCAGGGCUCAACUAAAUCAGGGUUGUCUCUCGAGGUGAUUCACGUGAUAGCGGUAGAUGGCCGGUAGUUAAAAUAAAAAGAAAAUGAAUUCUCACAACUACAAAUUGGAGAACGUAGAGAGAACCGAAGAAACCGUUAACGGUAGCCCUGACUCGUGAAUCUGAAGGUGUACACGCAAGUCCAAAAAUCCAAAACGGUUUGACAGGGUGUAAUUCCGGAACUUCCAGGAAUAGCUAUUGACCGCUUCGAACCGGAGCAACGGCAGCAAGCUUCUGCCUUCUUCCUGUCCCAUUGCCACACCGAUCACAUGCGA